AUGACGAAGGCAGAUAAAAGAGAAGAAAAUAUAAAAUUUUACGUUAACACUGGUUCAUACUGGAAUAAGACAUCGGUGGAGAUCGAAACGGAAAUUCUUUACAAACCAAAGUAUAUUGACGAAGCAACCGAUCUAAUCUUCGGUGUCAAGUCUGAAUGGAAGAAGAGGGAGCGACGAGAUGCUGUUAGAAACACUUAUGGAAACCCAGUUCAUUACAAAAAAUAUGGAUUCACGGCUAAAUUUGUCUUCCUCUUCGGGCUGCCACCAAAUGGCUCUUAUCUAUCAGAGCUUGAAGAACACGAUGAUAUUAUCGUCGGAGAUUUCCACGACAGCUUCCAAAAUCUUACUUACAAGGAUUCAAUGUUCUUUACUUGGACUUACGAGGCAGUGCCGAAUCUUCUCUUCUGCUACAAGGGGGAUGAUGAUAUUCUUCUCAAUCCAUUUAAAUUCUCAGAGCAAGUCAUCAAACCCAUAAAAAGGGAAGAUUAUAUCGGAAGUGGCUGGGACAAAUACGUCGACCUCGUAUUCAAUGAAGACUACUAUCCGCCAUACGUUUCUGGAGCAAGCUUAUUUAUGAACAAAGCAGCAGUGGAUGUUAUAAAAGAGAACAUUCGAAAAAUGCCAAUGAUUCCGAUUGACGAUGCUUUUCUUGGAAUCUGCUUGCGUGAGGGUGGAUACAGCGGAAAUCACGUCGUUAAUGUCCCUCAUAUGAUAAAAUUUCUCGGCGCCGAAAAGAUGGAUAUCUGUGUAAUAGAAAAUUCAAAAGCGAUCCAUAAAUUCAAACCGGAUCAACUCGAAUGCAUCUGGCCUCUGUUCAUGAAACAUAGAAACAAGUGUGGGACUGAAGAAGAGAAGAAAAUUCAAAAUGUUGGUCAUGUUUGCGAUCCAGUUAUGUUCUGGUAUGAGUCUGCGAACAUAAAGGAGCCCCUCGGCGAGGAUGACAAAAACUACGGAAGAUGUGGCGGAAGUUUCAAUUUUUCUUCUUGCUAUAAAAACAAAGAAGAUUGGAAUAAUAGAAACUCAGGUCCUUGUUGUUCUCCAAAUGGAUUCUGUGGACUUACCCAUCAACACUGUGCUUGCGACACUUGUUUUGAUGCUAGAACAGAGGAGAUGAAAGAAAUGGAGUUCUGCUGCAAACAUAUUGAGAUUUCAUGA